UAAUUAUAUUAUUGUAUUUUCUUUUUUCAUCUCUUUCUUUCUUUCUCGCCGUGACCUGAAGGAGAUAGAAUGGGAGCACCUGCCUUCCAGACUUCAGAAGAUGAAGCUAUGGCGGAACAAAUUGACGCAUUACUUGAGGCUUCUCGAUUUGACGACAUUGAUGAUAUCAUGAGCUUAGUUAACUCUGGGGUUUCUCUUGAUUCAAAGGAUUCUCAAGGAAGAACAGCACUCCAUAUGGCUUCAGCAAACGGACAUGUUGAUAUUGUGAAGUACCUGAUUGGGCAAAGAGUGGAGGUGAAUGCUUGUAAUGUGGAGAAUAAUAUAGCUCUUCAUUGGGCUUGCCUGAAUGGGCACACAGAGGUUGUUAAGAUACUAAUAGAAGCAGGAGCAAAUAUUUCAGCCCUUAACAGUCAUGAAAGAACUCCAGUGGAUGAGGCAGUUAGCAAUGGAAAGAUGGAGGUAUUGGACGCCAUUAAUGAAGCUGCAACACAACUCGAACUUAGUGGUGCAACUGUCUCUUAAGAGAUUUGGCUUCUUUGUUGAGCAAAUUCUGGUAUUUCUUUUCUUAUGUAUUUGGUCCAAAGUAGUGUUUUGAUCUUGAAAUAUUUGUUGUUUUUUAACAUGAAAUGGAGAUGAUUAGCAUUAAUAUUUGGUCCAAAGUAAUUCUUUUUUAAUCUAUAAAGAUGUUGUGUAUGUUUGUAUACGCAGUUAUGAUGUAUGUGGUUUGGUUGGAUUGUUAAAUCAGAUCUCCAAGUUGCAGUUUGA